CAAAUGCACCUGCUCAACAUCAGAUGCAGUGGUGGUGCACAAGGACGCCAGGACAGUUCGAUGCUCUGUUGCCCACAUUGGUGUUUGCUUUAGCGCGUCGAAAGCUUCAGAGGGGCUCAGAAGGAGACUCUUUGUGGCAAGAUGCUUUCAAAGUGCCUGAGCUCGGAGUUGCAGUGGCUAUCGCGAAGGGCUGCUUGGAGGUCGUCCUGUUCUUUCGCUCAGUCCAGGCACAAUGCGAUACCUUCUGCAAUGCCUGGAUGCGGCUUUGGAGGGAACCCAUUUUUAGAUCUUGAUGCUGUUUCCAAGAAUCAGCGGGUGGUCAAAAAAGGUUCUGCAGCCAGCCAGCCAGACUCAAUAUUUAACAGCUCUCUGAUCCAUACUGCUAAGUAUAGGCGCGGCGCCAAACUGGAGCACAGGAGUUGUGCCACAUCAGCCGCCUCCGUCCAAGAAAGUGCUGUACCACCGGAAGCUUUUUCAAAAGAAGAGUCAACUGUGGCUUCCGCAAUUCCGUCAGGCGGUGUGAAAGGUGGCCCAGCAUUUGAUGGUAGAGGUGGUACAAAAGGUGGUAGAACAUACUUCCCAUAUGGAAACCAAUUUCGGAUAGGAGAGCAGGUGGUGUCGCCCCGCCAGGUCAUUGACAUGCUUGGGGUCUUCAUGGACGACAAGCGGAAGGAGAGGAUGGCUCAGGUUGUCGCCGGACGAACAUAUGGAAUUGUGCCGGUUGUGGAGGGGUUGAUAGACUUGGGGAACGUUGCGGCUGUGUGUCGGUCAGCAGAAGCUCUAGGCUGUCAGAAUGUUCAUUUGAUAGAGCGGGGUGACAAGAAGUACCGGUCGAGUCAGCGGAUCACGGCCGGCGCCGACAAGUGGCUCGACUUCGAAACCUGGGGAACAACCGAGCAAUGCUUUGCCGCUCUUCGGGAGAGGGGCUACAGGAUAGCUGUGACGUACUGCGACGGGGGGUCCGUUUCCACUCCGAUUGAGGACAUGGAUUGGUCGAUACCUACGGCAGUCGUGCUGGGUAAUGAGCACGCCGGGGUGAGCCCCGAGGCCAUCGCGGGCGCCGACCUUCAGUGCUCGAUCCCCAUGGACGGGUUCGUCGACAGUUUCAACAUCUCGGUUGCGGCCGCGAUUAUCAUGCACUAUGCGAAGCGGCAGCGGGGCCGACGCGGCGACCUGACGCCCGAGCAGCAGGAGAUUCUGACCGCCGAGUUUUACCUGCGCAACAACUCGACCACGGAGGACGUGCUUCAGCACCUGCUGUCCAAGAGCAGCGUCGUGCCGCAGGGCCUUCGAUCGAAACUCUGAAAGAGCCGCGGCAUGCAGCCGACAGCGAUGCGUAAACCAAACUGUUGUAUAUGAAUACUUCCAUGAGCGUCAAGGUUAGUGCUGGAUACAGGAAGAGGCUUGAAUUGCGAAAUAGGGCGGGUACGGGUGCCGCAAAGGGAAGACCUGGAUGCCUUGAGCACCUCCGUUGAAGCUUUCGCGGCUUGUUACAAUCAGAAGCAAUUGUGGUCGCUGCUUACAUUGGCUUGAUUCUAUCGCGGGCAUAAGCAGCUAGCUGACCUAGCCGCCUUUCUCAACAUUCGUUGGUGAAAUCUGACCCUUACGUUUAUAUGUCCGUUCGCUCUGCUCAUGCCACGAAAGAAAUCCGAGAUCCGAAGAUUCAAGAUAGCAAGUGGAAGGCAAUAGGUGAUUGUCGUAUGCGAAAUGUGUUUGGUAUGCAGACCUACCACAACGACAAUUAACUGGCUCAUGUCCG